GAGAAAGAGUUCGGUGGAGAAGGAGUGAGUUUUAGAGACACCCGGCGAGCAGGACCUCCGCCUGCGAGAGAAGCGUGGCCGCCUGGGCUCCUCGCCUCCUCGGCGCGUUCUCCCGAGUCCGCUUUCAGCACCGCGAGCGGAGAACAGUUCCCGGCAGCCCGCCGCGCUGCCGAGGAGCCGCUGCCUGCGGGCUACCUGAAGCCUUGGACCCGGCUCAGGGGCACCCUGUGAGAACCCAGUGUGCACGCCGCCGUCUCCCCUCUGUAGGUGUGCAAGUUAAUACAGGGAAAGCAUCCAGUGACCUCAGGAAGCCUUGAAGAAGUCGAAGCAGAAUGUACCAGGGACACAUGCAGAAAAGUAAAGAAAAAGGAUAUGGAAAACUAAGCAGUGAUGAAGACCUCGAAAUAAUUGUUGAUCAAAAGCAGGGAAAAGGCUCUAGGGCGGCAGAUAAGGCUGUUGCCAUGGUGAUGAAGGAGAUACCGAGGGAGGAGUCUGCUGAAGAAAAGCCCCUCCUUACUAUGACAUCACAGCUGGUGAAUGAACAGCAAGAAAGCAGACCCCUCCUGAGUCCCUCCAUCGAUGACUUUCUCUGUGAAACCAAAUCGGAGGCAAUAGCAAGGCCAGUAACGUCCAACACAGCUGUAUUGACUACAGGCUUAGAUCUCCUUGACCUGAGUGAACCCGUCUCUCAAACCCAAACCAAAGCCAAAAAGUUGGAGGCCUCAUCAAAAACUUCAUCACUCAAGAAAAAGGCUGAUGGAUCUGACCUCAUCGGUGCGGAUGCUGAGCAAAGGGGCCAGACACUCCGAGGCCCGGAGACAUCAUCCUUAGAUUUAGAUAUUCAAACACAACUGGAAAAAUGGGAUGAUGUUAAGUUUCAUGGAGAUCGAAAUAGCAAGAGUCAUCCAAUGGCAGAGAGAAAAUCAUGUUCAUCUAGAACUGGAUCGAAAGAACUCUUAUGGUCCUCAGAGCACAGAUCUCAGCCAGAACUGAGUGGUGGGAAAAGCGCCCUAAACUCCGAGUCAGCUUCAGAGUUGGAAUUAGUGCCUCCAACACAGGCUCGACUGACCAAAGAACAGCGCUGGGGCAGUGCAUUACUUUCCAGAAACCACUCCUUAGAAGAGGAAUUUGAAAGGGCAAAAGCAGCAGUGGAGUCGGACACAGAGUUUUGGGAUAAGAUGCAAGCAGAAUGGGAAGAAAUGGCCCGGAGGAACUGGAUAUCUGAGAACCAAGAAGCCCAGAACCAAGUUACAAUCUCAGCUAGCGAGAAGGGAUAUUACUUCCACACUGAAAACCCCUUCAAGGACUGGCCGGGGGCAUUUGAAGAAGGCCUAAAAAGGCUGAAGGAAGGAGACCUGCCAGUUACCAUUCUGUUCAUGGAGGCAGCAAUUCUUCAGGACCCUGGAGAUGCAGAGGCAUGGCAGUUUCUCGGGAUAACCCAGGCAGAGAAUGAAAAUGAACAAGCGGCUAUUGUCGCCCUCCAGAGGUGUUUAGAAUUGCAGCCCAAUAACUUGAAAGCUUUGAUGGCUUUGGCUGUGAGUUACACUAACACCGGCCAUCAGCAGGAUGCCUGUGAAGCUCUAAAGAAUUGGAUUAAGCAAAAUCCAAAGUACAAAUACCUUGUGAAGAGCAAGAAGGGAUCUCCAGGCCUCACCCGGCGGAUGUCUAAGUCUCCAGUUGAUAGCUCUGUUCUGGAAGGAGUGAAGGAAUUAUAUCUGGAAGCCGCCCACCAAAAUGGAGAUAUGAUUGACCCAGACCUACAGACAGGUCUGGGGGUACUGUUCCACCUGAGUGGAGAAUUUAAUAGAGCAAUAGAUGCAUUUAAUGCUGCCUUAACUGUUCGGCCAGAGGACUAUUCAUUAUGGAACCGUCUUGGGGCGACCUUGGCAAAUGGAGACCGCAGUGAGGAAGCUGUGGAGGCCUACACACGAGCCCUGGAGAUCCAACCAGGCUUCAUCCGAUCCAGAUACAAUCUGGGGAUAAGCUGCAUCAACCUGGGCGCCUACAGAGAAGCUGUCAGCAAUUUUCUCACUGCCCUCAGUCUGCAAAGAAAGAGCCGGAAUCAACAGCAAGUUCCUCAUCCUGCCAUCUCUGGGAACAUCUGGGCUGCCCUCAGAAUCGCACUUUCUCUGAUGGACCAACCUGAACUCUUCCAGGCGGCUAAUCUCGGUGACCUGGAUGUCCUCCUAAGAGCUUUCAACUUGGAUCCUUGAAGGAAAUGAAAAAAAUAAAAAUAAAAAAUAAUAAUCCCUUCUCUGUAUAAUUGUACUGAGAAAUGCAAAACUAUUUUAUGAAUUCCAAAAAGGUUAAACCAGAUGUUCAAAAGGCCGUUGGUGAUACAACUGAAGACAAUUCCUACAGAUAAUGCCCAGUAGCUGUUCAGAUCCCAAAGCACAAAAUGUUAUCUACAGAGUCAAGGUCGGGCUCAAAAGAAGAAUUGAGAGGCUGAAGACAAACUAAGAUAAAGUAACUGUAUAUGAAUACUCUUUUCACAAGCUGCAAGCACAUCGCAAAACAUAGUCUUUGGGUUUUUUGUCCCCACUUGCAGCUAAUGACACAUCUAAGAACUUGCUCAUGGAACACCUGGAGAAAGCACUGCCUCAAAUCAGGGAAUUCUGACUAUUUCUGAACUGUCCCCUGAAAUAUCCCUUUUACAAGAUUGACAUAGUUUGAGCCAAGGUGCAUGCACAAAUAUUAACUUAACUAAAGAGAGGCAUUGCUUAAACCUGUUCCAAUUUUAACUUUAACUGUAGCUUUUUGAUUCCAGAGAAGGAGCUUUGCUGGCAAAAGCAGUUUUUGCACUAGAAAUUUUUGCUUUUCCCAAUCAAAACUUUUCUGGGAUUGUAUAUAUGCACUUUAAUAUCUUAUUUAUGCCUUGCUGGAGUUUUGUUGCUCCAAUUUUUAACUUGGGGGUAGAAGAUUUGAGAAUUCAGCCUUGCUAGAUCAAUGGACCAAAUAAAAAUUCCUGAAAACAGUUUUCAUAGUGUAGGGUUUUGAAGGAAUGUUUUUAAAGCAGAUGUGACAUAGGGUAUAAGUAUGUCAAAUAUAUCUUAUUACGUGUUUUCUGGGACUGUAUGAACUUAAGCGAAAGAUAAGGUAUUGUCUCUUCAUGCAUUCUCUGUAGGGCAAAAGUUUGAUGAUAUCAUGAUUUCUAUUGAGUUAGCAUUAACUUGCUUAAAUGUCAUGUUUUACUUGCUUUCUAGUUGCCCUGCACACCAAUAUUCUUUUUAAACUGUUAAUAUUUUAAAUAGUAUUUCUUAAGAGUGAUACACUUUUUCCUAAAAAGUAUUUUUUAGUUCCAUAAUAAUCUGCGCUGCUCACCCUUUUGCAUUCUAAGUGAAAAAUAUCAGUAUUUUCUAGCUGAAUCUUACUGAAUGUCGGUGGUUUCAUAUGAAAGAUGCAUGCCCCUUUGGCUCUCAUUUUGAACAUUUAUCAAAUGUCAGUAAUAUCUGUUGGCAAUGGCAUUUUAUUUCAUUGGUUACAUUCCACUCAGUUCUUCGGAGUGUUUAGUGCCUGUUGGGGCUUAGUGAUUAUUUGGAAAGACAUCAUUUUUUAAAGGAUUAGAAAAAUUGUUUGUAAAAUGCUAACCAAAAUAUAAUUUCACCUAUGUCCAAUUCUAGUAAUCUAUCCUAGCAAGUUGUCUCAUUCUUCUUCAUCUUGUCUCCUUCCCUCUUCCAGAAUCUUCACCAAAGCAAUCUAAUUCCAACUUUUCUUCAUGUUCUUUGGCUAGUGAUAGCUGGUUACAUUCAUCAUUAUAGUUACCAAGCAAAAGA